UUGGCUUUCAGGAAUCCACCAUAAACAGGCGUGGAGUUUGUCAGACUAAUGUCGCCGUUGUUGUAAUAAUACACAAGGAAAACACAAGAAUGUUUUUCCCCUUCUCUUGGAUCCCAGGGAUCCUUCCUAUUGAAUCCAAUCCAAUUGACUGCGUUUUUCAAGGUGUUGUUGCUGCAUGUGGAAUAUCAGUGCUGUGCAGCCUGAUGAGAGUGUACUACUUCACUCAAAUAUGCGGUGAUUCUGAAACAGAGAACAAGGAGAAGACACUGUCGUCAAAAAGCCCCCUUAGCAGCCAUUGGAGAUCAUUAGUCCACUUUUGGGCUUUGACUGGCAUCCUGUCUUUGAUUGGCCCACGGGUUUCUUCUCUGAUAGUUCUGGAAUUUUCCCUGCGAGCCGUUUCUGCAUGGACAUCCGCACGCCUGGAUGCUGGCGGCAGAGGCCUAGGACUUGUCCUCAUCCAGAGUCACUUUUCCCUGGGUUGCAGCAUCACCUGUACUCUGUCCUUUCUCCAUGAGGGAGCGCCGCACAGCUCCAUAAGCUUGUUCCUGGCCGCCGCCUUCAGUUGGGCGCUGGCAGGCUGUUGCAAUUCUCUGUGGAGUCACGUGGCCCGACUCUACCCAUUGCACAGUACUGAGCGCUACUGUGGGAGGUGCAUCACUCUCCUGUCCUCAGGACACACCCUGAUGGCCUUUCUGCAGAGAGUGGUUGUCUUGGUAUUUGCCGUGGCGGUGGUGGCCUCCUUCUCCACAGUUUAUGACCACUUCCUUUCCCAGAGGGAAGCGCUUAAGUUUUGGACUCCCCUCACACUUUGUUACACAAUGCUGGUGGUAUAUAAUCAAGAGGAUCAACAACGUCAGAUGGGCACAGACACCCUGUUGCACACUGUCGUGCUGCGCUUGGGGUCCCUGCUGGUGCUAAUGCUGACAAUGGGAAACUGGUCCGACGUACUCCACGUCCUCGUCACUUUCCUGGGAGAAGCCGUCUGCCUCCUGUUCUCUCAAGACCUGCUGCAGUUUGCAUUAAUGGUCUAGGAGACCAACAAGACCAACAAAUAUGGACAAGGCUCCAGUUACAGAAAGAGGGAGCAUCCGACUAACACACCAUCAAAGAGCAGAUGAUAAUUGAAGUCUAAUUCCAAUACAAAUCAUGUUUAUUAUAAAUGACAAGACUUAUUCCCAUAUUA